GUAUACGUUUCGCCGGUUCAAGGGGAGCAGGCGCUUUGCUGGGUGCGGCAGGCUGCGCCGCGGUGCCCGGCGUCCACUCCCUCUCUCCAGGCUUUACCGUACCUUCCCUCCCUGCCGCCGACCUUUUCUCCCGUCUCCGCGCCCCCUGCUAACACGUUCAACCCCUGCCGGCAUCCCCUGCAACCCCUGUGUGAGCGCCUCGCACUGCGAGCUACCUCGUACCGCGUCGCGUCGCGACGCGACGCGACGCGACGAACCGAGGCGAACGGCCGCGGUGGAAUUCUCACUGUAAUAACGCACGCGUGGAAUUUCGUAAGCGGCAACAACGGGUUUGGCUCGCGUAUCCACGCACAUCUUCGAAAACAGUGGGACGGAUGGAUCACGGGGGAUGACGAAGACCGUGUUCCCCGUUGCCGUCGAGAUUGUAUUAUACAUGCGACGUCUCGCGCGGUCGCGAACUGCGAUCAGCCGAAACGUGAAUCGAGAUUGGAUUGAGAAGCAAAGGCCGUAUACAUUGGGCGAGAUAUUUCAAGAAUCUCUUUAUCGGAUCUUUGCUACCAGAGUCACACUAAAUGAUUGACCGAACUGAAUAAUGAUGAUGAUCGAACUGAAUAACAUUAAAUGAAAUAUAACGAAAAACACGCGUAAUGCGUUUUUUUUGCGAUAUGCGGUAUCGAGGAGAAGUUGCACUGAAGAGAUAUUUAAAAAGGAUAACGCGCUGAAAUGUUCACGCACAACAAUUUACGUCCGAUGCAAGCGAUCAGAUGCAAGGUGGUGGUUUUUACGUCGAGUUCGAGUCACUCAAGCAUGAAUCUGGCUACGACUUGGUGGCAGCCCCUGAGCGCAGUGCACGGCAGUUCGGGUUACUACCAACGAGAUUCCCACAGGCACGAUGGAUCGUUGCUAGACACGAGAGACCGUCUCUCGUGGAUGACACAAGGGGAAGGGCAGAUCGAAAGAUCGAUGCUUCGCGUUUCGAGGAAAGAAAUCCAGCAGAUUCUUCUGUACAAGAAGUCACACUCUUUCUCGUACGGCUAAUUCGACGAAAGCGGGCAGACUCUCAUCGAAGUUUUCUCUCGUGAGUGAGUGAGGACGACGCGACUGAUAAGAGCUGGAGACGAGAUGGAAUCCGUAUAGCUUCCGAUCCCGUUCGACUCGCCGGAAUUCCCGGCACGCGCGCAAUCUUCACGCCACCGCCGUGCCCUGUCCGCGAAUAUUACGUUGGAUUCAGGAUAAUACUAUAAGAAAAAUGAUAGCGAGACGAUGCUCGGCCGAGGCUGCGUGCCUCCGAUUGCCGCGAAUUCAUAGCUUUCGCAUGUAACGCGAAUCAAUCAACAAGCGGCAAUUGGCUCAAUUUUAGUCUUCCAUAUCCGAUAUCCGAUUCCUUUAUCCGAUACACUCGGAUUCCCUCGUCGCUACGGAAAGAGACGAUUAUACUUCUCCUGAAUAUUAUUGAGAAUUGUCGUAGCACUUUACGGACGUGCGUCCUCUCUCUCUCUCUCUCUCUCUCUCUCUCUCGCUCUCUCCCUGCAAAAUACAAUACUCGGCAUUGUAAUCAGCGGCGAUGUUUCUAAAGAGACGGCUCUAAACGCGUUUCAUCGAUCUCGCUUCUUGAAAUCGUCCGGCGAUUCUUCUUCUCACGGCGAGAGAUAACAUUGAAUUCGCACGUAAUGGAGAGGACUUGAGGUGAGCUUCCGAGAGAGGCAUUAUCGUGUGCUCGAUCCUCCCCCGGCUCGAGAUACUCGCGUCGCUUAAUAGACGCCCUAACGAAAAGGGAACCCUCUCACGCGUGUAGGUAGUAUCCUCAGCAGAUGCAAAUCGCCCCGUGGCAUAAGGGCCCCCCCCUUCCCGACGCGACGCAUAUCCCUCCCCCCUCAAUUUACCCCACGCCCAUUUAUCUCUCUUCUCGGCCCGCUCGCGUACCGAAUAUCGAAUUAUCGAUCUGCGGUCCACCCUCCGUGUCACCGGCCGUGUUCUCGCUCCCGGGAAUCUCGCCAUGGACUCAGAGAAGGAAAGGAAAAUAACGCGCGCGAGCGUUACACGACCGAGCCCGCGGACAAAAGUUCCGUUGGCCCCUAUAAAUCUGACGUGAUUUCAGCCGAGAUCGUCGUAAGCCAGAUCGAUUUCCAUCUACCAAUAAUAAUAAAGUGCGCAAACGCGCGAACAGAGCUGCCGAAUGCGAAAGAAACGCUUCCAAUCAAGAGGCACGGUGUAGUGCCUCGCGCCAAGUUCAAGCGCAACGAAGUUGCGCCCGAACGACGCGAGACACAACGUGCCUAUAUUACGCGAAACUGCGAGUUGAAAACGAGGUUCACGAGAGAUAUUCAUAUCUCAGCAAUGGUUAAACCGAUCGUCGAGGUUUUUUUCAGUCUCGAUCGAUUCGGCCUUAAAAAAAUAGGAAGAAAAGUGUC